AAGCUACAGCUGUGAGUUUGCAUUUUUACUGUUACGUCGGUGGAUUGAAUAACGGGCACAACGCCUAUCAUCCAUUUUGCAGUGUCCUACCCAAAGACACAACAUGAGGUCGAUUUUAGCGGUACUAAUUGCUCUCACCUUAUCCGUUGAGUGCCGUAAAGAACCCAGAAUUGUAAUUAUUGGUGCUGGGGCCGCCGGAAUUGCCGCGGCAAGUACUCUGAGCCGCAAUGGAUUUACGAACGUCACAAUUUUGGAAGCCGACGGUCGCGUCGGAGGUCGUAUCUACAGCCUGCGUUUUGGAAAGUCGCUGAUCGACCUGGGGGCGCAGUGGUGCCACGGCGAGAAAAAUAACGUCGUGUACGAAAUGGUGCGCGAUCUGCAGGUGCUCAAGGUCGACGAUACGUCACCGGAACUGUACCACUCGACCUUAAAACGCGUCGACUCAAAAUUCAACGCCCGACUUAACCGCUUGUUUGAAGAUGUCUACUUCGCCGAUAACUAUGGGGCGGAGGGCUCCCUGGGGGAGGUUUUGACUGAAAGGUACGAAGCCGAGAUACGCAAAAUCUGGAAGAACAAGGAUGAACUGACUUUGGCAGAGGAGUGCCUGGACCUGUUCGAGCGGUACGUAGAGUCUGAGCUUGGUUCGUUCUCAUGGUCGACGGUAGCCACCAGCGUAGACUUUGAGCCUUGCGAAGGGAGCCAGGUGCUUGGUUGGAAUGGCUUGGGUUUCAAGACGAUUUUGGGCGUUUUAAUGCGACAGGCUUCCGGGCCGAUUGAGCGCAAUAUCGCCUUAAAUAAAUCGGUUAGUGGAAUUUCACUGGAAUCGGGCAAGGUCCGCGUGAGCUGCUCAGAUCUGAGUAGCUACACCGCCGACCACGUCAUUUGGACCCCCUCCCUCGGUGUGCUCAAGCAUCUGCACGCGAAUGUUUUCAAACCAAACCUCCCCAAGGAGAAGGUUCGAGCCAUUGACACUUUGGGAAUUGACGGUAUUAUGAAAGUAUUCCUCCAUUUCCCCGCUAGAUGGUGGGAUGACAACUUUGAGGGCGUUGCAUUCGUAUGGAGACAAGCCGACUUGAAGAAUUCGAGCCUGGAAUAUCCGGAGGGGCCCAAAAUUGGUAACAGAUCGUGGAUCACCACAAUUUACUGUACAAUCCCACUCCAAGAAAACCCCAACGUGCUUUUGGUCUGGUUCAUCGGCCCGCUGGUACCGGAAAUCGAGCAGCUAUCCGACGAGACCAUCGCAAACGGCGCGAUGCACGUCAUGCGAAAAUUUCUAUCGAAGGAUUACCCGAGCAUCUCACACCCAGACCAGAUUACUAGGAAAAAUUGGUACUCGGAUCCCAAUUUUCGCGGUACUUACUCGUUCGAAACCGUCCACUCCCGAAAGCUAGGCCGAUCUCAGGCGGCGGUAUUGGCCGAACCAAUCAGAGCGGCGGAUGGAAAACCGGUUAUUAUGUUCGCUGGAGAGGCUACCAGCACGAAUCAUUACUCAACAGUGCAUGGAGCUAUUGAGACGGGAUUUAGGGAAGCGAACCGCAUUAUUGAGUUAUAUAAGUAAUGUUGUUUAUUAUAAGGUGGCGGGUGGGCAUCUCGGAUAAUCUAAUAAAAGUCUUGGUAGUGAA